UCGCAGGAACUGAAAUCCCACUGCGAGGAAGCAGAGUUAGGAAAGUGAAAAGCAGAAGACCGGUAACAUUUUCAACCUUGCAACCCAAAGCCUUGUGUGAGCUGGGUGGUUUUACUUCCGUCCUCGCUUCCUGACGUCCUAAACUGGGAGCGAGUCCAAGCUGCCUAAUACGGUGUUUUUGCGCGCUCAGACCAGUCGAAUACACUGCAGUCGGAAACCUGCCUUUACCGUCAACACAGCAGUUCGCCGCUGUGGGGAAGUGGCCAUGAAUUUGUGUUCUAUCGCUGCCUUGGCCUUAAUGUCUUUCCUCUGGACCACAGGAGUUCACUCAAAUGAAGAAGUCGUAGUGCAGUCGCCUCUUUCAGCGGAUUUGGUAGAAGGCGAGACCGUGACGCUGCAGUGCAACAUCAAUAGCCCUGGACCCAAAACUUACAAAUGGCUGAAAAAUGAUCUUCCAAUACUUCAAGCCAUCCCAAUGUACGCCGAGAGAGUAACUGACAACCCACUAACGUCUGAUAAUCCAUUGCUGAUUAAUUUGCGGAUCAGGAACCUCACAGAAUGCGAUUCCGGGACAUAUUAUUGCGUCAUACAGAAACUCGGCAACCAGUUUAAGGGCGUAGGGACGAAACUUGGAGUGAGGCGUGUUUCACAAGAAAAGCAAUGUCCCCCCAAUAUCGUACAUAUCGCAGCGGUUACAGCAGUGGUGUUGGUUCUUUGCAUAGCACUGAUUGUAGUGUCUGUACAACUCAGGCAACGAAGUAAAGCCUGCAUUGCUCUUCAGAGGCAGUUUGUUGCAUACAUCACUGAAAAGUCAGCAGAGUCUGUCCCACGAAAACAGAAAGGGAAGCACACUCACCGAGAGGGAAAUACUUCGAGCUCCGGUCAAGAAGGGAAGAAGAAGAAAAGGAAGCCCAAAGAGCAACACAGGAUGGAAAAUGCGGACUACGUCCAUUUUGGGCGAAACCAGGACAUGCAGACCUAACCGCAACGACAGAGUCAAUGUACCACCACGGCUCAAGCAGACAUUAUUUAAGAUCCUCAGCCAUACCACAGUUACUUUCCUGAAGGCUAGAGAUGAUUUUCUUUCUCUGUGUUGUUUUAAUAUUUCGCCUGAUUAGUAUUACGUCAAUAAUGAAUAGACAAAUCACGCCCUAUACCAAGAAUACAAUCCCCCCACCCCCCAAAACAGUAACAAUUGCCAUUUUAAAUUCAUAGUUUACACUGUGUGGGAUGUUGUACAGUGAAAUAGUUACAAGUGGAAAUGAAUUUAUUAUUUUGAUUUCGUCAUGAAGAAUAAUUGACAGGAUGCAAGGCGUCUCUGCUCCCCAUCCAUCUCCUCACACACCACCUUAAGUUCAUAUUUCCCCGAACUCCUAUGCACUGCGAUCACUAUCAGUCUGCAUUGCCUUCAGUAGAGAUCAGAAUCAGGCUGUACCCGAUUCCAUCAGCCCCUUUAAAGGGCGUAUUCGGUUAAAGUCACCCAGGAAUUUGGCGGGCGAGCCUCUACCGACUACUGAUCCUUCAGUUCGCUGCUGUUUUCAGGAGUUCACGCACGCCCACUUUCUGGAAUGUCGAGAGAGAGGCAAUGGAUAAGAGUCAGUCUUCCCCACCUCCCCCGACCCCUCGCCUGAGCUCUUAAGCCAGUUCCGACUGAGCGAGCCCGGAGUUCCCAACCAACAAAUCCAACUUUACCAGCCAACCCCAGCCCCGCAAUUCUCGUGGAAGAUCACCUGACCAAGUACCAACUGGAGUACUCCUUUUACUGGUCAGACUGUGGGAGUCAGCUGGGAUGACGAGGCAGGGAGGAAAGUUCUGGUCACCUCAUCUCAUCUCAUAAAAAACCGAAAGAACUGCGGAUGCUGUAAAUCAGGAACAAAAACAGAAGCUGCUGGAAAGCUCAGCAGGUCUGGCAGCAUCUGUGAAGGAAAAUAAAACAGAGUUAACGUUUCGUAUCCGGUGACUCUUCCUCAGAACAGGCAUGCCUAGAAGAGAUGUGGCAGUGAGUUAAAUACUAAAUAAAAACCGAAAGGAUCUGAGGAAGGGUCACCGGACCCGAAAUGUUAUUUUUUUUCCUUCACAGAUGCUGCCAGACCUGCUGAGCUUUUCCAGCAACUUUACUUUUGCCAUCUCAUCUCAUAUUCAACUAUUUCAGGAGUUCUGCCAAGUCAACUGGGAGAUAACGAGUGGGACCUUGUGAAAUAAAGUGUGUCUUGAUUGUUGAA